GAAAAGCGACAAAAAAAUAAAUGAUUGAGCGAUGGAGAAGGAAAAUCGAAUGAAAUUAGAUUUUUCCCAUGGUUUUAUGAAAGAAAUUAUUAGAAAUCAAAUUGACCGUGAUAACUAUGACAAAGAACAAAAAUUAAAAAAAGAAAAACCUAACGACUGUUCCAAACAUCGACGUCCAGAAAGACAACUAUAUAAACCUCCCAGCCGUUCUGCUCAAAAAAAUUCCGAUAUGACAACGAAAUCGACUGAUAUUCUCUUCAAACUUGUUUUCAAAGACGAAAAGGGUGAGAUUCAUAAUUACGAAAUCGAAAAUGACUGCAAUUUGAAAGCAAUAUCUUAUAAGAUUGGAUCAGCAUGCUGUUUAUCCAAUAAGCUGAUAUUGGCCUUAGAAAAAUUUUUGAAAGAGAAACGUUCUAAAUUUUUGGAAAACUAA